AUGUCUUCUGUCUGCUUUCUGUGCCAGCGCUGCAGCCAGCCCCUGAGAUUCAGCCAGCUCUCAGAACAGCAAGGUGGACCGCAGGAAGAAGAGCCCUUGGACGCCCAGGACCAUGCCAGCCUCUCCGAAAAGAUGCCAGUUUCUGGGAAAUUACAGGCCAGUGCCUCCAGCAAACCCCUUCCUGACUGUGUUGGGACAUCCGAGGAAAGUGGCACUUGCUUCACCUUGAUCGGUGAGGUUGCCUCCAUGAAAAGUUUGAACAGCAUCCAAAACGCCACCUUAGAAGUCUUUGAAAUCCUCUCUGGCCAAAAAGAUGUGGGUAACCCGCUGUGCGAGGACUGUACCGACAAUCUAUUGAUGCACCUAGAUGCCCAACUCACUCUGAUAGAAUCUGAUAUCCAGAGCUACAGACGGUUUGUGGACAGCGAGGCGAUGGGUGAGGAGGAGAGGGAGACGUUGCAUGCAGAGCUGCGGGCUGAGCUGAGGGGCCUGGAGCAGGAGGAGGCCAAGCUGGCUCAGGAACUAGAGGACAUGGAACAACAUCAGGCGGAAGUGUCCGAGGAGCUCAGGGCCACCCAGGCAGAGACCGAGGAGCUGUACCAACAGAAGAAACAGUACCAGAAGGAAUACUCCGCGUUGACGUGGCAACAGCUGGAGCUGAUGGACCAGCUGAGCAGUGUGGAGAACCAGCUGCAGUACGCCCAGAGGCAGCUGUGGCGACUGAAGAAGACCAACAUCUUCAAUACCACCUUCACCAUCAAGGAUGACGGCCCGUUGGGCAUCAUCAACAACUUUAGGUUGGGCUGCCUCCCGGGGCUCCGAGUGGGGUGGAAUGAAAUCAGCGCUGCCUGGGGGCAGACGGUCUUGCUGCUGCUGGCCUUGUCCAAGACAGUUGGACUUCAGUUCCAGAGGUACCAACCUGUCCCCUGCGGAAACCAUUCCUACCUCAAGUCUUUGACAAGUGAUGGGGUGAUGCUGCCCUUAUUCUCCGACGGGAGUCACAGUGUUUUCUUGAAUAACAAAUUUGACCUCGGAAUGACGGCUUUUCUAGACUGCCUUCAGCAGUUGGUGGUGGAGGUUGGGAAGGGCAAAGAGGACCUCUGUCUUCCCUAUGUGAUCCAUGUGAAGGAAGGCCUGAUUGAGGAUGCUUGGGGCAGACAGGAGUGCUGCUCCAUCAGGACUCACCUGAACACUGAGCAACAGUGGACACAGGCUCUCAAGUUCAUGCUUAUCAACUUGAAGUGGAUUCUUUCUUGGGCUUCUGUAAGGUACUGUUAA